AUGGCAACCGCUGAGCUAAUCAAUCGAUCAAAUUCAACAAUGUUCAAUACCGAUGAGUUUCUAAUUGGUACACGUCUACAAGUAGUAUUCGAUAUGGAGACUACUAUUACAAUUGUACCUGAAACUCCUGAUCAAAUUAGUUUUUUACGUUAUGUUCUUGAUCGUUUUGGUCGAAGCGAUUUACCUCUUGGUAUAUUUAAUAUAAAUGCUAAACCUGCUUUAUCGAAAUUUCAUCUUAAACUAUAUCCAAAUACAUCGAUAAAAGAAUCAAGAGAAGCUCUUGACGGUAGCGAUGUUCUUUUAAAGUAUUGCGAUGAGAGAACGAUUUUAAUCUGUGGAGGACCAUUGGAAAAUGUAGCUAAAGCUAUUCAAACUUGGCCGUUUGGUUGCACAAAGUGGCUUUGCUGGUGA